AUGUCGUGCUUAUGGAUGGAACUUUUCAGCCCUAAAGCCUUUCAAAUUGACUUUGAGAUGGCAGUUAUCAAUGCAAUAGCCAUUCUGUUUCCUUAUGCUCAAAUCAGAGGUUGCUUCUUUCAUUUCUCGCAGUGUUUUUGGCGCAAAAUUCAAGAGUUAGGCUUAGCAACAAAUUACAAGACUGAUGGCUCAGCACUUAGAAGUUACGCCAAAGUCAUUCAAUCUUUAGCUUUAUGUCCUUUGGACCAAAUAGAUGAAGCGUGAGAAAUCAUAGCAUCAUUUGAGCCAGAAGGGGAAAGAGUUCAAGAAUUUACAGCAUAUUUUAUGAGAACAUGGCUGCUAUCAAAUGCAAAAUUCAGACGCGAAUUUUGGAAUCACUUUGACAAUGAUGGUAUGCGGACUACCAACAAUCUUGAAGGCUAUCAUCACGCACUAAAUAAGUUAGUAGGGGCUGCUCACCCAAAUAUUUUAAAAUUCAUUGAAAUCAUAAAGAAUGAGCAGCAGAUAUUCAGAAAAGUUUUGGCUAAUAUUGCAGGCAGAGCCAAACCACCCAACAGUAGGGAAAAAUACAGGCUUUUGCAUGAAGCUGUUGAGAGGACAAAAACUUUAAUGAGGAGAGGAGACAUUUCUUUAAGCGAUUAUAUUGAGCAAAUUAAGCGGAAAAACUCCUAA